UUCUUAACGAGCAAACAUCUCUUCUGCUUACGCAUGGUACGCUAGGACUGCUGGUCCUCGUUAUUGCACCAUGUCUGCUUUCAAGAACCUCGCUCAGAGGUCGCCCUUCAAGCGAACUGAUACGGGCGGUGUCGAGAAGUCUGAUAUCAAGGAUGUCACUGGUGUCACAGAACUUCCGACUUACGACAAUGGCGAUGCCGAACGUCGCGGCUCCGUCGCUUCGUACAAUAUCAGCGGUAUUCACGACGACACGCACCGAAAGCUCAAGCCUCGACACAUUCAGCUGAUUGGUAUUGGUGGCACAAUCGGUACUGCGCUUUAUGUCCAGAUUGGCAGGGGUCUGUUGAAUGGCGGGCCUGCCAGUCUGUUCAUUGCCUUCACUUUCUGGUGCUCCGUCGUCCUUGCUGUCACUCUCUGUCUGGCCGAAAUGGUGACUUAUCUCCCGAUCUCCUCACCCUUCAUUCGUUUCGCUGGUCGCUACGUGGACGAGGCCUUCGGGUUCGCUGCUGGCUGGAACUUCUUCGUUUUCGAGGCAAUCCUGGUACCUUUCGAGAUCACAGCAUGCGAUGUGAUUAUCCACUAUUGGUCGACAGCACUUCCAACAUGGGCCUUGGUUUUGAUCAUUAUUAUCCUGUACGGCCUCAUCAACCUGGUCAACGUCAAAUGGUAUGGCGAAGUCGAAUUCUGGGCUGCCCUUGGCAAAGUGCUUCUCAUCAUCGGCCUGAUCAUUUUCACCUUCAUCGUCAUGUUGGGAGGCAAUCCACUUGGCGACAGGUUUGGUUUCCGAUACUGGAACAAUCCUGGCUCGUUCAAGCCACUCUACACUGAGAUCGUGGGUCAAUCGAAUCUGGCAUACUUUCUCGGAUUUCUGCAAUGCCUCAUCCAGGCGUCCUUCGUCAUUGCUGGGCCAGACUACGUGUCAAUGUCGGCCGGAGAGGCCGAGAAUCCACGAAAGGUUAUGCCAAAGGCUUAUAAUGCUGUCUUCUACCGCUUGACCACCUUCUUCUGUCUCGGAGCUCUCUGUGUCGGAAUUCUGGUGCCUUACGAUGAUGAAGAGCUUACUGCUGCCUUCUCAAGCGGUCUUCCUGGUGCUGCAGCCUCGCCAUACGUUGUGGCUAUGAACCGCUUGAGAAUCGGAGUCUUGCCACACAUCGUCAACGCGCUUGUCUUGGCCUCCGCCUUCUCCGCUGGUAACUCAUACAUGUAUUGCGCUUCGCGUAGUCUCUUCGGUUUGGCCCUCGAAGGCAAGGCACCAAAGCUCUUCACCAGAACCAACCGCGUGGGUGUACCUUACAACUGCGUCAUUGCAGUCCUCUUGAUCUGUCUUCUGGCCUUCCUGUCUGUCAGUUCCGGCUCCGCCAAAGUCCUCAACUGGUUCGUCAGCUUGAUCACCGCCUCGCAAUUGAUCAACUUCGCUUUCAUGUGCUUCACGUUCUUGAUGUGGUACCGAGCACUCAAGGCGCAAGGCAUCGAUCGUAGAAGUCUGCCAUACAGAUCCAUCGGUCAACCAUACGUCGCCAUCUACGGACUCGCCUGGACUGCAGUCAUGUCCAUCGUUGGUGGCUACACUGUGUUCCUGCCAGGGUACUGGGAUGUGUCCACCUUUAUUUUCAGCUACUUCAUGGUCUUCCUCACUCCAGUGCUCUUUGUAUUCUGGAAGGUCAUCAAGAGGACCAAGUGGUACAAGCCUGAAGAGGUUGAUCUCAAGGGUGAAGUUGCCGAAAUUGAGGAGUACACCCGCAACUUCGUGCAGCAGCCAUACAAGAACAUUGGCGACAAGUGGUUCAAUAAGAUGUUCGGCGGAUAGAGAUCGCUGCCUUUGAAGCAACGAUGUAACGAAGUGGGAAAACCUAACGUCUUUACGAACGAUACCCAGUCAUACAAAGCAAUGAAAUACAAAUGAAGCAG